AUGUCGGCCAGUGGAAAGGUGCUUAUCAUCGACGACAAGGCGUUGAUGGAAAUACUGGACCAAAAUAUGAAACAGCAAAAUAUGAAGGCCACGCCCAAGGCCAAGGAUGUGGCUGCGGAGGUGUUGCACCGCAGCCGGAUGCGGCCCAAUUUUGGCAACGGUGGAGAAUGUGGACAAUCUGGCCCUCCCGGUACCGGCAAGACGCACGCAGCCCGCAUCCUGGGCCAGAUUGUCUAUGACAUGGGGUUUUUGUCGAUGCCCGAUGUCAUUGACAUGUCCGCCACCGAUCUGGUCGGCAUGUACCAGGGUCACACCGGACCCAAGGUGAUUGAGCUCUUUGGCCGGACCUUGGGUAAGGUGCUCUUCAUCGACGAGGCCUACCGUCUUGGAACGAAGGCGAAGUCGGGUGGCUCGUCGUCCUACCAGGAGGAGGCGGUAGGCGAGAUCGUCGACUGCCUCACCAAGCCGCGCUACGCCCGCAAGCUCAUUGUCGUCCUGGCGGGCUCCCGACGCGACAUGGAACUCUUGCUCCCCACCAACGCGGGCCUACGCAGCCGGUUCGCAACCGAGGUGUCGUUUCCCGCGCUGGGCGGGCAGCAGUGCUACGCCUACCUGCGAACGUGUCUACGGCGGCAGGACGUGGACAUUGGUGACCACGACACGGCGAUGGAUGAGGAGCGCGAGACAGUGAUGCGGCUGUUCCACAAGCUGGGCAUGACGUACGGGUGGGCGAAUGCACGGGACGUCGAGACGCUGGCGCAGUCGAUUGUCACGCACGUCUAUGAGGACCCAGAGAAGGCUCUGCAGAAGCAGGAGGAGCAUCACGAAAGCGACAGCUCCAGUCAAGGCUUAGAUUCCGACAGGGCCACCUUUGCGAUGUUGACCAAGGACGUGAUUGGAUUCAUGAAGACCCUGUUGAAGCAACGGAUUCGGGGCGGGGGGGACAAUUAA